AUGGGCGUGGGCUACGACAGCGACGAGGAGACCGUGGACGAGUGCCCGCUGCCCGACGAUCUGAGGCUGGUGGCCAAACAGGAGUUGCGCGAGGACGAUGUGAUCAGAGCCCAUUCGUUGCGGGCCAUGCGCAACUGGAUCAGAAAACAUCCAGACAUCGUAAACUGUCGCACUGGUAAGUUAAACCUAACCGCAAGCCUAAGUGUAACUCUAAUCUACUUGUUCUUGUACGUAUAUUAGACGCUCCGUUCCUAUUACGGUUCUUGAGGACGAAAAAGUACAGCGUACCUAUGGCCCAGGACAUGUUGGAGAGAUAUCUGGUCAUCAGGCAACUGUACCCACAGUGGUUCUCUAAAUUAGACGUCGACGACCCGGUGAUAUCUGAGAUACUGGACAGCGGGUGAGUGAGACCACUCGAUAAAAUAGUAAUAUUACAAUUGAAAAUAAAACUUUUCGUGUUCAGAUACCUGGUUCCGUUGCCGGGCCGCGACGAAUUCGGCAGGUGCGUCAUGUUUUCGUGCGCUGGACGAUUCGAUCCGUACAAGUACACGUCAGCGGACAUGGCGCGCGUGCACGCGCUAAUCGGCGAGAGCCUGAUGGACGACCCCGAAAACCAGGUCAAAGGUUUGUUGGAUAAAUCGUCAAACGACGAGUUCUCUAUAAUAAGUACCUACUUAACGCCCAACUGAUUUGUUUGUCCGCAGGGUACAGCUACGUCAACGACGAGUCCGGUCUGCUGAUGGGACACAUGACGCUGUGGUCGUUUUCCGACAUAAGACGUAUCAUACGGUGUUUGCAGGUAAGUAAGAUACACCAGGUUUUUGGUGAACACCGGCUUAGAAAAACUUUAUUGGUAAACUGAGUUCCAUAAGAGUACCGAAGAUUGCAUGGGGUAAUUGUGUACAGCGGGCUAUAACUUUGGUCCAAAGGUGGUUAUCAAUGUUUGACCCGAUAUAACAACGCGUAGUAAUUUACCGGUUAGUUCUCGUGUCACGAGCGAAUUUAUUUAUUUUUGAUUUGGUCAAUUUUAACAUUGUUAAACUUAGCAUCAAACUUCAAAAUCAGGCCAUAGUCGCCCCAAUCUAGAUACCUAUAACUCGUGACAUAAGAUUUAACGGCUUUAGGUUUGGUCUGUUUAUGUUUAACUUGGAGGUAGGACUCGAUUUACCGCUAUUGAAAAACAUUUGGGACUCAAGCAAACCUUUUUCAGAGUUCUACGCCGAUGAGACACAAAUCUACGUACUUCAUAAACGUCCCGAAUUUCGCAGAUAAAUUUUUCACUGCUACCGUUUCGUUUCUGAACGCUAAGCUCAAGAGCAGAGUAAAGGUAUUCGUUUCUAAUUAUCGUCGCGCGACGCCUCUGAUUUGCAUUAUUUAUUUUUGAUUUCAGUUUUUCAGCGGACAAAAAGAUAUACAGAAAUUUAUCGACCCGAAAUAUCUGCCAAAGGAGUACGGUGGUGAAAUCCCGUUGGCGACAAUGAUAGGUUUGUAUCUAUAUUUUACCACGCAUAUCAAUACAAAAAGUUAUUUUUUUUUAAGCGAAAAUAUUAUUUGUCUUUUGCACACUUGCUAGAAUAAAUUAUAAAUUAAUUUCGUUUUGAAUAUUGAUAUAUCUAUAUAAUAUAUAUUUUUUCUUUUGGUUUUCUAAACAGCCGAAUUGAAGAAGAAACUGCGCGCUAAACGCGAAAUGCUGUUGGCUUUGGACGACAUGAAAAUCAACGUCAACGGUAAAGGGAAGAUUAUCAGCGAAUUUGACGAUAACAUGCAAAAAGAACUAACCGGGUCUUUCAGAAAAUUGGAAGUAGAUUAA